AUGUCAGCAAGCGCGCCAUAUCCCGAGUUUUGGGUCCGCAAACUGCGCUCAGUUUUUGUAAUGUUCGACCAUGACUUGGACGGCAUUGUCAGAAAGAAAGAUUUUGUAGACUUUUGCAUCGCUAGAGCUAAGUGUCUCCUCAAACAAGAAAGAAUGCAAACGUUUGAGGACCAAAUUCACAACGCUUGGGAUUAUUUCUGGGCCGGCCCCGAGAAGAAAGUGAAUGUUACACUUGGGGACUAUAUCUACAACCACGCACGCACUUUUCGCGAACCAGUUUUUCAAAGAGAGCAGAGAAAGUGGUUCUCUGUCUAUUUUGACACAAUCGCAGACAAAAAUGGUGACGGUAUUGUGACCAGAAAGGAAUAUGAAGAGUUCCUAGGUCUUGUUGGCGUGCACCCGUUAUCCGUCCCUCCAUCGUUUGAGGCCUUGGACACAGAUGGUGAUGGUCAGAUCAGCAAAGAAGAAUUCGCAAAUGCUGCCGUUGGAUUCUUCUGCUGCACUGCAGACACCCCGGCAAAGUUGUUUUGGGGUCCGUUCUUGGCUUAA